AUGUUCUUCUCUAACCUCCUCCUCUCCGCCCUCGCCUUGGCGUCGGCGGCACUCGCUAGCCCCAUCGAGUUGGCUGAGCGGCAGACGCCUCAGAAGUUGAGGAUUAUGCCCCUAGGCGACUCAAUAACCGAAAUCACCUGCUGGCGCGCUACAGUCUGGGACCAGCUUGCCUCUGCCAACUUGGCUUCAUCCGUGCAAUACGUCGGCUCGCAAAACUCCAACCCGCAGAACUGCAAGCCCGCCACUGCCAACUGGGACCAACACCACGAGGGUCAUUCGGGUUGGCUAGCCGUCGACAUUGCCAAUAAUUAUUUGGAAGGGUGGCUGAAGAAGACACCCGCUGAUAUCGUCAUGUUCAUGUUGGGGACUAAUGACGUUACGAGGGGGAAGAGCACGCAGGAUGUUAUUAAUGCUUAUACCAAGAUGGUGGGGAUUAUGCGCGCGUCUAAUCCGAAGGUGAAAAUCAUCGUCGACCUAAUAAUCCCCCUCUCCUUCUCCAACAACGCCAUCCAAGCCAUCAACGCGCAGAUCCCCUCGUGGGCCGCCAAGAUGAACACCACCGAGAGCCCGAUCGUUAUUGCGGAUUGUUAUACCGGCUUCAAGACUUCGGAUCUCAGAGAUGGAGUGCAUCCUAAUGCGAAUGGGGACAAGAUUAUUGCUGAGAGGGUGGGGCCGCUUUUGUUGGAUUUUGUGAGGCAGGGGUUGGCUGGUAAAUAG